AUUAGGAGACGCCUUUUUAGAGUAGACGUUCUAAAGUGUAUUGAAAAAUAUAAAAUGACCGCCAAUCAUAAUUCGACAAAUUCGUUAAUUGGCGUUAAACCAGUCAAUGCCGUUCAACUACGAUCAGCUCUUCCGGCUAAGAUAGUUAAGAAGAAUUUUAGGUAUGAUAAUAAAAUGUAGAUUACCCGUUUGAUGUAGCGUAUUGUAAUCUAUUUAUUAUUUUUAACAUAUUAGCCUGUGUAUGUAGUAUACAGUAAACGUACGUAUACACUACUAUACGCACAUUUACAGUAUUGCAGUAUAACUGUUUGUAGCAUGAAUAUAUAACAGUCUAUAUAUGCAAAAAAAAAGACUUUUUUCUAUUAAAAUAUGUGUUCUUUAUAUAUUUAUAUGGUAUAGAUAAAUCUAUAUAAAAGCUAUGUUUAUAAAAUAUAAUAUGCUAAAUGGAUAAAAUAUACUAAAUAUAUCGAAAUUGAAGAAAAGUUGGUAUUCGCCAGGGGUCGUCAAUGUCGCCAUCAAUACACUUAAAAGCCGAGUUUGUCAAUUGCUAUACUGUAAAUUUGACCAACUGACGCCUUUUUCUAUCGGAUUAUGAAGAAUGAUAACACCAUAAAAAUGUCUUGUAUAAGAAACAGGUGGAAUAGUCGACGUCUAUGAGCAUAAAUCUCUUUUAAAUCGCUCUAUAUUAAGAAAUACUUAUUCUAUUCAUUUUAAACAGAAACCUUGGUAAAUCGGGCUUGAGAGUAUCCAAUAUCGGUCUAGGUACAUGGGUAACUUUCGGAGCACAAAUUCCAGAUGAGGUGAGUAUAUAAACACUUAACCACUUGCAAAAACGAGAUAUUGUUACAAAAAACAGAUUGCUGAAGAGAUGCUUACUCUCGCCUACGAAAGCGGAAUAAACGUAUUCGACACGGCAGAAGUUUACGCGGCUGGAAAGGCAGAAAUUGUUCUUGGAAAAUUACUUAAGAAGAAAGGAUGGAGGCGAUCCAGCUAUAUCGUGACUACAAAGAUAUACUGGGGUGGGAAAGCCGAGACGGAAAAAGGAUUAUCUCGCAAGCAUAUUAUUGAAGGCUUAAAAGCCUCUUUAGAGAGACUGCAGUUGGAAUAUGUCGAUAUUGUGUUCGCUAAUAAACCAGAUCCACAUACACCUAUGGAGGAAAUCGUCCGAGCAUUCAGUUAUAUAAUCGAUAAAGGAUGGGCAAUGUAUUGGGGCACGUCUAGAUGGUCUACUAUGGAGAUAAUGGAAGCGUAUUCUGUAGCCCGACAAUUUAAUUUAAUACCCCCGAUAGCCGAACAAGCAGAAUAUCACAUCUUUCAAAGGGAAAAGGUAGAGCUGCAUAUGCCCGAAUUGUAUCACAAAAUUGGUUUGGGAGCAAUGACUUGGUCGCCAUUGGCGUGUGGUUUUUUGACCGGAAAAUACGAGGAUGGCGUACCAGUUUAUUCGAGAGCUUCUCAGAAGGGAUACACUUGGCUGAAAGAUAGAAUACUAAGUGAAGAGGGAAGAAAACAGCAGGCCAAGCUAAGAGAAGUUCAAACAAUUGCUGAAAAAAUAGGUUGUAGCGCCGCACAAUUAGCCAUAGCAUGGUGCCUAAAGAAUGAGAAUGUGCACUGCGUUCUUGUAGGAGCGUCUACAGUUGAGCAAUUACAUGAGAAUUUGCAAGCGGUGCAAUUUGUUCCCAAAUUAACACCAGCUUUAAUGAAUGAAAUUGAUAAGAUUCUGGGAAACAAACCUACUCGAAUUAGAGAGAUACAACAGCCGCAAAGGUGACUAGAAGCCGGCCAGGCGACUUCUGGCCGAUCCUCUUCGCCACGUUCUCGCCCUCCUCCAGCUGCCAUGGGAAAUGCUGCUAUGACAACACCCUGUAGUGUAAUGUAAAUAAGAGAAUAAGCUAUAUCUUUAAACUAGGUUUCAUCUUGCAUUAGUUAUACAGAAAAAUAUUAGUAAACUAAUAACUACUCAAUUUUCGUUAUUCUAAUUAUAUAUGUACCGUCUUAUAUAACAUUAUAGGUUGUGCUGUAUCUAGGUCGUCUACUGAACGAGAGAAAGAUGAUAUUUUUUGUCUCCAAUAGGGAAUUUUUUCCCUCCUUAAAGGUAAAGUAAAUAACGAAAUAGAGAAAAUAUACGUUAAACUUAUACAACCUAAGCAUAAAUAAUAUACUUUAUACCUAAUUUAAAUAAACUCAAAAUGCAGAAAAAAGAAAAGAAUCAUAUUUCAUUGUCUUUUCCAGAUAGAAGAAAUCUAAUUAAUACUGUAAUUAGUUGAUUUAGAAAUGAAAUACUCUAAUUAUAUAAUUUCUAUAUAACUUAAGCAAUGAAAUACAAAAUACUUUUUGCGCUAAUCUUGUAAAUACAAUACCUAAUCUAGUCGAUAGUAGAGGAAAAAUACAUUAAUAAAUGAUAAGUAGUAAGUGUAUACUUUAGUCUUUCUACUGCAUAUAGUGAAUCUAAAAUGUGCUUUAAUUCUUAAUUUUUAACGGGAAGAAAAGAAAUUAAAGAAAAAAAGAGAGAGAGAAUGAAUGAUAGAAGGUGAGAGUAAGUGGAUGAGAAAAUAAGAGAUCUUAUGCUCUUUCUUUAGGGAUAAGCGAAUCUGUGUAUACAACAUUCUAAUUAUACUAAUUUUACUUCAUUUACUCGAAAACUUAAUCAAGAUAAAUAGUUUGCUGCUAAGUAAGGAAGCAAGUUUUUUCAAUGUAUUCUACAAGAAUAAUAUAAUUGUCAAUAGAUGGCGCUAUUUGUAAUAAUAAAAAUUGUAUAUUCAAUGCUUCAAGUAAUAAUACUA